AUGGGAUUAAUUGAGAGCCCAGAAGUGGGCAAAGCAGAGAGGAUGAUGAUGGAGGACAAGCUCACUAGUCUCCCCGAUGAAAUUCUUCAACACAUUCUCUCCUUUCUCGAUACGAAGAUGGCAGUUCAAACUAGUGUCGUGUGCAAGAGAUUGAGGUACCUCUGGGUUUCCCUUCCCGUUCUCAGCAUCGAUAGUGAGUCCUUCCGUUAUUACUCUUCCUUCUCCGAUUUCGUCCUCUCUGUUCUUUCUCGCAAGGACGCCUCUAGCAACAUUUGCAAGUUCUGGUUCGAUAUAUCUAACCCCAUUUACUCUUCAAUUCAAAUGUGCAUAGAUAGCCAUGAUUUGUUUGAGCCUCUUGUGAAGAGGGUCAUCGAUCAUGUUGUCGAUCAUGGGGUUCAACAUUUGAGCUUCCAUUUUCCUCGCAUUGUGGAUGAAUUGCCCCGGCUUUUCUAUUGCCAAUCCUUGAAAACCCUUGAAUUGCUUGAAAUAAUUAUUCCGCCCAACACAAAUUUGGAUUUUCAUACCUUGACUAGUUUGCAUCUUGUGAAAUGCUCCUUUAUAUUGGAUGGGGAAGGUACCUUGGAUCCUUUUCAAUGUUGUUUCAAUUUGAAAAAUUUGGUGAUAAGUGAUUGUCGAAUUCCGUCUAGAGUUAAAAGUUUUGAAAUUUCUGCACCUCAGCUCACGAACUUGACUAUAUCAAGGAUGGAACAUGUUCGAAAUCUUAAUCCACACUGUAAGAUUGUUCUCACUUCAACAAAAAUAACAUCUUUCAAAUUUGUUGAGUCCCACAUCCUCGAGUUCUCCAUUCCUGCACUUCCCUUCAUUGAGAGUGUGGAUGUUGAUGCUCUUCUAGCUGAUUAUCUAUUUGGUAACGAGGGAUUGGCAAAAAGAAAGUUCGUUUCUCAUUUGAUUGAAAUGCUUCGGGCAAUUGGUGGUGCAGAGAUUGUGGGGUUAUCUUUUGAAACUUUAACUAUGCUUUCCAAGUUUCCUGAUGUUCUGCGCUGCCCUUCUCUUUUUAGUAGAAUGAAGGUUUUAAAAGUUAAAGUGCCACAUGGACCCAGCUCCUUCACCAUUCCUGACAAGAUCAUAACCUCGCUUUUCAGUGGUUCUCCAACUAAAGAUUUCAGGGUGGAACACCUUAAGAAGCAACAAGGAAGAGCACAAGAGAGGUUAUAUAUCUGAUUUUGGUGAAUUUAUAAGGUGGAAGAUGUAGUUCCAAAAGUUGGCUUCAUCAGUCCAACCAUCUAAAGAGGUGGAAUGAUGACUGCUUGAGAAAUCAAUAAUUUGGAUGGUGAUUCUCAAACAAAGUAGUUCCAUUAUGAGCAACACUGUGCUUUGGGCUAAAGAUUGUUUUGGUGAUGCCAUGACUAUGCAGGUAGGAGCUAAGGAUUAUAGGGUCAUUAUUGCACUUUGUAGUGUGUGCCUGCUGAUACUGAUAAUAGUGCGAGGAAGAGCAGAAAUCAACACUUGUUCAAAAUUUUUUUUUCCCCUGUUUUCUGGUUUUCUUUUGUGUUUAUUUGUGUGUGUGUGAGAUAGAGAGGUAAAGUUAUCAACUUUACUUGCAGAACAUCAGAGAUACAAUCAUCGGCUACAUGUUGAUAAGAUUAAAAAAUAGCAACUUAUGCUUAA